GGUGGUACUAGUGGUGGUGUUGAAGUGGUAGAGGAAGAAAUUUGUUUUAUUUUGAAAUCCACUUCUGCAAAAGCAGAUUUGUAAACAACACGCUAUUAGCAGAAAUCAAAAACAGAUUUGUAUCGAAACGCGCUAUCAGUACAACGACACGUAAAAUUCCAUCGGAAGCCUCUCAAAGCUAAAUCUAAAUUCUAAACCACAGCUGUAUAUGCAUGUACCCCGUAGCUUCAGCCCUCAACUACCGUCUGCUAUUCUGGAUGCUACUGCUCAGCAGGAAAAUUAAACUAAAAUCAAGGUCCCCGCGUCAGCUAAACUAAACGACACAUUCUAUUUUUUUAUGUUACUCUGUGGUGCAUAGUAUCAUUUUAUAUUAUUUUAUUAAAUUCCUUUUCAGACCUCUCCUUUCACAUUCUCACCCCCACAUAUAUAAAAUUAGCCUAAUUCCUCUGCAUUUUUUCUUCACUCACUCUCUCAUCCCUACUUACUUCUUCUUCUUCUUCUUCAUCUCUCCACUUUCUCUCCCACAGAAAAACAAAAACAACAAACAGAAAAUGUUGGGUUUUAGUUAUUACUGAAAAUGAAAACAAAAUUCCAGUGUAAUUUAAUGUAAUGGGGAAAACUGCUAGGUGGUUUCGUGGAUUAUUAGGUGGCGGUGGUGGUGGUGGUAACGCUAAGAAAGAUGGAAUAAAUUCUUCAGAAACAACAACAAAACCAGGUAACAAGAAAAAAUGGGGUUUUCUUAGAUCUUUCAGAGACAAUAAAGAGCCAAUUUUGGAUACAACAUCAGUAAACGAAAGAAAAGGGUCAUCAUACAGAGAAAUUUCAUCAUCUUCAGUAUCAACUUCUUCUUAUUUAGUUCAUAACAGAGGAAAUGAUGAAGAUCAGAAUAAACACGCAAUUGCAGUUGCAGCAGCGACAGCUGCAGUUGCUGAAGCUGCUGUUGCAGCAGCUAAUGCUGCAGCUGCUGUUGUUAAAUUAACUAGUAGUAGUGGCCGUAAUGUUGUUACUACCACCACGGCGUAUGUUAGUACAUCUUCGUCAACCGGAGGAAAUGGUGGUGGUGGUUUGAGAAGAGAAGAAUUCUCUGCUUUGAUGAUUCAAUCCGCUUUUCGUGGUUAUCUGGCAAGGAGAGCUUUACGGGCGCUUAAAGGGUUGGUAAAGCUUCAAGCAUUGGUGAGAGGGCACAUUGUCAGAAAGAAGACAACUGAUACAUUACGAUGCAUGCAAGCACUAGUAAGAGUACAGGUCCGAGCAAGAUCUGGUCGUAAUCAUAGUUCAGAAUUUCGAUAUCAUCACAGCCGCAAACCUUCCUUAUCUCACCAACCUGGUCCUGGAACUCCUGAGAAAUAUGAGCGUGGCAUUCGCUCAAAUAGUACCAGGCAUGAACGCUCGUCAUCCCUGAAGAGGAAUGGCUCGCAUUCAAAUCCUAGGGAGAUUGUUGAUCCUGAAAGAGCUCAAACAGGUUGGAAUUGGUUAGACCAUUGGAUGGACGAGAAUCAAAAUAGAAGAGUUGGGCCACUUGAUGAUGAAAAGAGUGAUAAAAUUCUCGAAAUAGAUCCCGGGAAACCCCAUGGUAACUCGAAACUUAGGUACUCCUCAUCUGCAAGGCAUGCCUCAAAUCAAGAUCGAGCCAGUCACAGCUAUACAACAAUGGAUUCACCCUCCAAGGACUCCACAACUGCCCAACUAUCAGCUCCAAGUACAUCUUCUGGUGAAGUUCAAUCUGUUAGCCGCAGAAAGUUUCCACGUGAAGUUGAAGAAGCAGUUUUCCGCACAGCUGACAAUAGCCCGCAGUUCUACUCAGCAUCUUCGCGUCCUGGUAGUGAAAGGAGAGGUCCCUUCACACCUGCAAAAAGCAACUGUUCAGGAAGUUUUCUAAGUGGGUAUUCAGAUUACCCCAAUUACAUGUCGAAUACUGAAUCAUUCAAAGCUAAAGUCAGAUCACAAAGUGCGCCUAAACAACGGCUCGAAUUUGAAAAAUCUAGUUCAACAAAGAAGUAUUCUAAUCUCGGCUUCGGUGAGUUUAGGUCAGCAAGUACUCAAAGAAGUUCAACAUUGCAUACCAACUUCACAAGCAAGGCUUAUCCUGGUUCAGGCAGGUUGGAUAGACUUGGAAUGCCAGUUCGUAGUAGCCACGAAACAGUCGUAAACCGUAACAUAUAGUAGAAAUUAAAAGUGUGAAUGUAUCUCUCUUUUAGUCUAGGGUUGUCUUAUGCUUACUGUCUUUUGUUGUUAGAAAGGUGUAAACCCUCUUACUUUAUACUGUGUUUUGUGAUUUUAUCUAUAUUUCAGCUCCCUGCAAAGAAAGAAUUGCUAAUGUUCAACACUGAUAUUUAGAAGCACCUACAAUACUUUGAGCUCC